AUGGAGACCGUCGACACCUCCCAUCGUCUGGCCCGGCUGCGGCAGUUGAUGCAGGAGCACAAGGUCGACGUAUACAUUGUCCCUUCGGAAGAUGCCCACCAGUCGGAAUACAUCGCCCCAUGCGACGGCCGCCGAGAGUUCAUUUCGGGUUUCUCUGGAUCGGCCGGAACCGCCAUUGUCUCCCUGACGAAGGCCGCUCUGUCGACAGAUGGCCGGUACUUCAACCAGGCUGCCAAGCAGCUCGACAGCAACUGGGCGCUAUUGAAGCAGGGCGUCGAGGGCUUCCCGACCUGGCAGGAAUGGACAAAUGAACAAGCCGAAGGCGGUAGGGUCGUCGGAGUCGACCCUUCGUUGAUCACACCUUCUGGCGCCCGUAGCCUUUCAGAGACCCUCAAGAAGAACGGGUCGUCGCUCGUCGGCAUCCAGCAGAACCUGGUUGACCUGGUGUGGGGGAAUGACAGGCCCGCUCCUCCCAGGGAGGCGGUCAGAGUUCACCCCGCGAAGUAUGCGGGCAAGAGCUUCCAGGACAAGGUCGCUGAUCUGCGCAAGGAGUUGGAGACCAAGAAGGCGGCUGGUUUUGUGAUCUCGAUGCUCGACGAGAUUGCCUGGCUGUUCAACCUGAGAGGUUCCGACAUCCCCUACAACCCCGUGUUCUUCUCAUAUGCCAUCAUCACGCCCACUACCGUCGAGCUUUAUAUCGACGAUGACAAGCUGACGUCGGAGGUGAAGGCUCACCUCGGUGACGAUGUCACUGUGAAGCCAUACCACUCUAUCUUCUCGGACGCCAAGGCUCUGGGCGAAGCCCGCAAGCAGGAAGCCGCUGGCGCGACCUCCAAGUCCAAGUUCCUCCUGUCGAACAAGGCUUCCUGGGCUCUCAGCCUUAACCUGGGCGGCGAAGAGCAGGUUGAGGAGGUCCGCAGUCCCAUUGGUGACGCCAAGGCGGUCAAGAACGACGUGGAGCUGGCGGGCAUGCGCGCCUGUCACAUUCGCGAUGGUGCGGCUCUGAUCGAGUACUUCGCCUGGCUCGAGAACGAGCUGGUCAACAAGAAGACCACCCUGGAUGAGGUGGAUGCGGCGGAUAAGCUGGAACAGCUCAGAUCCAAGCAGGAGCACUACGCCGGUCUCUCUUUCGACACCAUUUCUUCCACGGGCCCCAACGGCGCCGUCAUCCAUUACAAGCCCGAGAAAGGCAGCUGCGCCAUCAUUGACCCCGCGGCCAUCUACCUCUGUGACUCUGGUGGCCAGUACCUGGACGGCACCACUGAUGUGACCAGGACGUUCCACUUUGGAAAGCCUACCGCCUUCGAGAAGAAGGCCUUCACACUGGUGCUCAAGGGUGUCAUCUCGAUCGACACUGCCGUGUUCCCCAAGGGCACGAGUGGAUUUGCGCUCGAUUCCCUGGCCCGCCAGUUCUUGUGGAAGGAGGGUCUCGACUACCUCCACGGAACCGGCCACGGAGUUGGUUCUUACCUGAACGUGCACGAGGGCCCCAUGGGCAUUGGCACCCGUGUCCAGUACACUGAAGUCCCCAUUGCUGCCGGCAACGUUCUCUCUGACGCAGAGCCUGGAUACUACGAGGACGGCAAAUUCGGCAUCCGCAUUGAGAACGUGGUCGUGGCGCGCGAGGUGCAGACCAACCACAAAUUUGGCGAACGGCCCUGGUUGGGCUUCGAACAUGUCACCAUGGCCCCGGUGGGCCGCAACUUGAUCGAGCCCUCCCUUCUCAGCGACGAGGAACUCAAGUGGGUGAACGACUACCACCAGGAGAUCUACGACAAGACUCACCACUUCUUCGAGAACGACAAUGGCCGAAACCCCUACGCAAACGGAUACGGAUACUCCGACUCCAGCCGCUACGAUGGAGGCUACGGCGCCAGCAGUAACAACAACAACAACGCCAGCAGCGGCAUGAACGGGUACGGUGCGGCGAGCGGCGGAGGAGCGACACGAGAGCGCCGCCCCGGCGGAUACGGUGGCUUCUUCGAGCCGCCCUCGCAGCCAUCCUCCUCGUCCCUGUCACCCGGGCAGUCGCCUGAGCGACGACGCGAGAGACGUGAUCGCGAUGAUCACUCGUCGUCAAGGUCACGGACAAGGGACGGCGAUGCGGAGAGGAAUAUGAAUGUGCCUGGCUCGCGGGAUGGUCGGUCGAGGGAUACGAGCUGGCUGGGGAGUAAUAGUAGUCAUGAGAGAGAGGGGGAUGGGCAUGGGCAUGGGCAUGCGGCGGGGCCGCAGGCUAUUGAAGAUGUGCUGCAGAUGGUCCAGCGCGAAUGGGACUUUGUGGCGGAUGAGAACUGCAUCCCCGUGCAGGUGGCUUUGCAGUUGAUGGAUACAAGUACCCUUGGGAAGGCGGAUCGGGAACCGGAUUUCAUUCGCAUUAAUGAUACGGUGCAGAGGACGUUGAAGUCGGUUGUUAAUGAACAUCAUCAGGGCUUCAACAGUUCCAUCGGUACCUACCACAAAAUACAGACGAGUAUCCAGAGCUCUCAGAGCCGCGUUCGAACAUUGAAGGUCUCGCUGGAAGAGGCGAAAGCGGGACUGCUCUCGACCAAGCCGGAGCUGAAUGGCCUCGCGACGUCUUCGCAGAAGUACGACGACAUCAUCCAGCUGUUUAGCCAGAUCCAGGAAAUCCAGUCCCUGCCGGAGAAGCUCGAGUCACGGAUAUCGGACAAGCGGUUUUUGGCGGCUGUCGAGGAACUUCAUAAUGCCUUGCGGCUGCUGCGGCGCUCUGAGUUGGAGAAUAUCGGGGCCCUCGCGGAUAUUCGCGCCUACUUCGGAAAUCAGGAGUCGUUCCUGACGGAUAUUCUGAUCGAGGAGCUGCAUGAUCAUCUGUACCUCAAGUCGCCCUAUUGCUCCGGGCGGUGGAAGCCGCCGACGGCGGACGGAGAAGGCAAUGGGACGAACCCGUCCAGCUGGGCUGGCUCGGGGUCUUGGGAGAGACCGGUUUAUGCGUUUCUUGGGAAGCUGGAUGCGUCGGCGCCGAUGGUUGAGGAUGCUUCGCGGAACCCGGAGGCCGACACGUUUUACUAUAUUCAGCUGCUGAUAGAGGCGCUGAAUAAGAUGGGGAAUCUGGAUAUUGCGGUCGACAGGAUAGAGCAGCGUCUCCCGGUCGAGCUGUUUGCCGUUGUGGACAAGACGAACGCUGAGGUCGAUGCCAGGCAUCCGAACUUGACUCGUGGGUUUGCGUCGCAGGACAGCAAGACGAACCUCCCGACGGAAAUCAUUGAGAAGCGCGGACAUGUGCUGUCUGAGUUUCUAUGGACUCUGUAUGCCAAGUUUGAGGCUAUCGCUGAGAGUCAUCGGGUCGUUCAUGAUGUGAUUGCUGGCAUUGUUGAUCGCGAGGGGAUCCCGAAGGGCAAUUCGCUUGCGGGUGGCUUUAAGGAGCUGUGGAAGCUUUAUCAGAGUGAGAUACGGUCCCUUAUGCAUGACUAUCUGGCUACCGAUGGAGAGUCGUCAUUCCGCCCGAGGCUCGAAGAGGCGGAGGCGAAACGCCAAAUGUUCACAGGCCAGAGAGACAAGAACAAGAAAAUGUUCAAACUGUCCGAGACGGACCACACCAGCGAAAUCCAGGCCGAACAAAGCGAACUGGACGAGAUCCUCCGGUCUUCUGUGCCUGGGUUGGUGACCAAAGCCAGCCAGAAGUCUGCUGUCAUCGACACAUCCGGGUCCGGCCUCGGAAACUCAGGAACGGGCCAUAAGAUCCUGAUCGAGCCCAGUGUGUUCAACAUGAGUCUGCUUCUGCCGCCUUCGCUCUCCUUCAUCCAGCGACUGAAGGAAAUCGUGCCCGUGGGCUCGGACAUUGCAAUGACCACGUUGACCUCCUUCCUGGACGACUUUUUGGUCAACGUUUUCCUUCCUCAGCUGGAUGAGACUGUCACAGAUCUCUGCACUCUCAGCUUCAUCUCCACGGACGCAUUUACGGAGGAUCCUCAGUGGUCUGUGGUCUCGCCUCGACCGGUCUUUAAGGGUACGGUCAAAUUCAUGUCUAUCAUAAGGGAAUUCAGCAAAAUGCUGUCCAGCAUCCCUCACGACCAAGCGUUUACCCAGCUUGUCCUUUCUCAGAUCGUGACGUACUACGAUAAGUGCUGUGGAUGGUAUAAGGCCAUCGUGACCAAAAUAUCGCCCCAAGACAAGGGGGAAGUGCGUCUCAAGGCUGCCGCGCGUUAUGCCGAAUCCGGCGACAUCCAUGACAUUAUUGCUGAACUAUGGAAUGGAGUAGAUGGAAGCAGACGGGAGCUUAUAGACAGGGAAACCGACCUGCUCCUUAAACUUACAGACGAGGUGCCUCUGGAGCCAUACGAUAUCAUAUCCGAUCCGAAGACAGUUGCGUCUCUGUCUCUCCUUUUCAACAGCAUGCAAUGGUUUGCGAGCCACCUUGCACAGCUGCGCCAAAUCACACAGCCACCCCCCGAUUCACGGCAGCCUACAACCGGGCCGCCUACUCGACGGUGGACUUUGAUCGGUGCUAUGAAGCCCAAGUACGAUGGCAUCAGUCAGCCGGUAUAUCUCCCCCUGAACCAGGAAUCCGCAGAAGUGUUCGAUACCACGGUCCAAUCGCUACGCGAGCUUGCCUCGACUGCUCUCUUCGCCCUCCACGUCGACAUCCGCUGCGGCAUCGUCCACAUGCUAAAGCGGACGAUGGCGGGUCCCAAGCCUCGGAAUACCCGGCAAUUGGAGCCCACGACGCCGGCGCCAAAUGCAAUCAACAAUUGGUGGCACAUUCUGUUGAACCAACCGACGGCAGCGUCCCCCACGGUCCUCGAGCUCAACAACGACCUGAUCGCCUUCGACACCAACAUCUCGUCCUACCUCGGACCGGCCGAGCGGUGGUUCAUUACCAGCGGGCUGGCUCGAUUCAUCGACCGCACCUUCGUCACCAACACCUCCCUCAUUGGCGCGAUGAACGAGAACGGCGCGCUACGGCUCCAGCUGGACGUGCUCGUGUUGCAGCAAAACCUGAAGAACAUCAUCAUCGACCCGACGGAGGACGCUCAAGACGCCGAUGCGGAAAACGGCGAGCAACCCGAGGUGGUUGCCCUCCCCCGUAGUGCCAAGUUCCUGGACUGGUUCCUGGAAGGAGCGGAGAAGGCGCUGGACUACGCAAAGGACGAAAAAGAGUCGUUUGCCGCCCACGGAGACCAAGCGCUGGCCGCGGGCAACGGCGAGCCCUUCACGUACGACGAACUCAAGGACCUCAUCGACCUGUGCUUCUCGGACGUUCUGCUGGGACCCCGCGGCGCAGAGAACCGGGAGGACUUUAUGGCGGCGAAGAAGGCCAGCGCCGAGGCGCUGCUGCGGUUGAACGAGGUGAUGUGGGAUGCCAAAUGA